AUGCCCGGAAUUCUCGAAAAAGAAAGAGAUCCAGAGAUUGCAAAACUUGAAGAAAAUGGCACACUAGCUUUGUUACAAGGCACUAAUCAGAUACUUGAGCUCCAGACAAUCCUCAAGGACAAAAAUACGGAGCACUCGGAUUUUGUCUUCUAUGCCGAUCGUCUCAUGCGACUUGUUAUUGAGGAAGCCCUCAAUAAGUUACCUUACACUGAGAUUACAAUCACAACACCUACUCAUUGUCAAUAUAAAGGGAUCCAGUUCAUGCGUGGAAAUUGUGGCGUCAGCUUGUGUCGAAGUGGCGAAGCGAUGGAAUUUGCUUUGAGACAGUGUUGCCGAUCGAUUCGGAUCUGCAAGAUGUUGAUUGGAGAUGAGCAACGUGUUCUGUAUGCCCGAUUGAUACCGGAUAUGGCUCAUCGUAGAGUGCUGUUGCUGUACCCAGUAGUGAGCACUGGAACGACAGUGUUGAAGGCCAUUAGUGCACUUAUGGAUUCCAAAGUGGAAGAAGAGAACAUUUACUUGACAACUCUGUUCAUCACCCCUCAUAGUAUAAAAACCAUUUGCAAGAAGUUUCCACGUGUUACUGUUAUCACGUCGGAUGUGACGACAGGAGUACCGUACAGCUUUGCAAUGAAAUACUUUGGAACCGAUUAA